UGUGACGUCACCGACACAUUAAAAAGGACCCCGUCCCAAAGACUCCUCGCAUUUAAAUGGCGGACAGAAGUUGUUUGUCGUAACAAACGCCCUCUUUUUCACCCUCAGGGAGCGUUCGUUUUCGACACAGACUAGAAUGGCGGCGCUCCAAGGGGAGGAGAGAAGGGAGGAGACCGACAAGGACAAGCCGGGUCCGGAGGAGACGAGGGCCUCGGACGAAGCCAUCGCUUUCAUGUCCAGCAUUGAGCCCACGGAGCUGCCAAAGUGCGUGUUCGCGGACUCCCUGGUGACCGUGUCCGAAGGCGGUCGAGACUUGGGAAGGUUCUGCGUCUCGGUGGAGUUUGCCCGCAGAGCCCGGCGGCCGUGUAUGCUGUUGCACGCCCAGAGCCAGGGGGCCAUCGACGACUCCCCCUGCGGAACAACCGUGACAGCCUACCUCACUGCUGACCUGGAAGUGCUGGAGGAAGAUUACCACGAGUAUGUCAAGCUCGAGGGCCACAUUGUGGACAAACGCUGUCACAUGGUCCAACGAGGCGGGAAGACGAAGAUCAAUAAAGUCACCACUGUUGGAACGGAAGUGACAAAGGAGAGUGUUUCCUUUUCCACGUCGGCCUUGAGAGGGCUCGUAACCGAGGGUUCCAACUUCCUGCUCAUGCGUCUUAUUGCUUUGAGGAGGAAAGUACCGGAACACUUGGCCUUCAUCUGCUUUGACCAGAAAUUACGCAUCGUCCGCACCACCUUUAGAGAGCUGGAAGAGAAGCAGAUGCAGAUUGAGGAGGAAACUGUGGAGAUAUUCGGGGUGGAGCGGGUAAUUCAUUCUGUGGACGACACCCCUGUAACGUGGCAGUGCUGCUUUCUGCCCGAUGGGCAUCUUGCCAGCAGGGCGCAGGUGGGAUCUCCCGUCAUGAUGAGGCUGCUGCAGCUGCCGUCACAGACGGAAGAAGUGUUUGGGAAAACGCCCCUGGUUUGGGAGGAAGACAUACAGAUGCGCUCCAAGUUCUUGGACAGAAAGGAGGAGCUGAGGGCCGACCACGCUUCAUACCUGACAGAUCACCCGGAGAUCCGUGCCCUCAUAUCUGACUUCCUGCAGUUCCUGCUAUUGAAGAAACCCGACGACGUCUUCCAAUUCGCUCGAGAGUACUUUCUCCCCUUCGCCCCCCACUGUCCCGCAGACUCAAACCUUGACGACUCGUCACACUGAAAUACCCCCUUCUAAAAAUCACUUUUUAUAUAACCUACAGUCGCGAUUCACACAUUUAUCAGUAUUAAAGCUUGUUUUUCAGAUUAUGUUGGUGUACGUACAAUACGAAGGGGAUUCAUAUGGCCCCAUAUGUCACAAUUUACCCGACACAUGAAACGUGACGAAUUUGGAGCGUGCACUAUUCACUUGAGCUCCAGAUGGCAGAAGGGUGUUGACUUGCUUACAGUGUGUUUUGUGGCAAUUAUAACUUUGUCAACAGCGUCAGUCACUAUAUAGAGUGGCCCUUUCCUUCGUUUUCAGCAGACUGCAUUGCAAAAUCUUACACAUGAUCCACAGGAAUGGGGCCAAAUGAAUACCUUCGCUACUGUAUUCAAAUUAUGUUUUUUUAUGAAUAUUGAUUUAAGACUUGACUCACUAUAACGUAUUUUACCGGAAAUUACCUGCUGUUAACUUUAUUAUAGACCCUCAUUAAUUCCCAACAGUAUGCUACUUCAGGGACAUAUACAUAAAUUGGAAUCUGAAACUAAUUUUUUUCCCCCAUUUGUCCCGGAAUUUCUAAAUGUAUUUCUAAAACCUGGCACAAGAGGGCAACCUUUUAUAAAACAUUCUAAUUUUGACAAAAGCGUCAGUCGCUAUGUAGAGUGGCGCUUUCCUUCAUUUUCAGCGGACUGCAUUGCAAAAUCUUACACACGAUCCACAGGAAUUGGGCCAAAUGAAUGCCUUCCCUACUGUAUUCAAUUUGGUUUUUUUAAUGAAUAUUGAUUUAAGACUUGACUCACUUCCUGCUGUUGACUUUAUUAUAGACCCUCAUUAAUUCACAACAGUAGGCUACUUCAGGGACAUACAUAAAAUUGGAAUCUGAAACUCCUUUUUUUUCCAUUUGUCACUGAAGUGGACAUUAAUUUCAAAAUGCAUUUCUAAAACCUGGCACAAGAGGGCAACCUUUUGUAAAAUAUUCUAACUUUGACAAAAGUGUCAGUUGCUAUGUAGAGUGGCGCUUUCCUUCAUUUUCAGCAGACUGCAUUGCAAAAUCUUACACAUGAUCUACAAGAAUGGGGCCAAUUGAAUGCCUUCCCUACUGUAUUCAAUUUAUGUUUUUUUUUAAUGAAUAUUGAUUUUAAGACUUGAUUCACUAUAACUUAUUUUACCGGAAAUUACCUGCUGUUGACUUUAUUAUAGACCCUCAUUAAUUGGGCUACUUCAGGGACAUACAUAAAUUGGAAUCUGAAACUCUUUUUUUUUUCCAUUUGUCCCUGAAGUGGAUGUUAAUUUCAAAACGCAUUUCUAAAACCUGGCACAAGAGGGCAACGUUUUACAAAAUAUUCUAAAUUUGACAAAAGCGCCAGUUGCUAUGUAGAGUGGCGCUUUCUUCAUUUUCAGCAGACUGCAUUGCAAAAUCUUACACAUGAUCCACAAGAAUGGGGCCAAAUGAAUACCUUCCCUACUGUAUUCAAUUUAUGUUUUUUUUUUAAUGAAUAUUGAUUUAAGACUUGACUUACUAUACCGGGAAUGACCUGCUGUUGACUUUAUUAUAGACCCUCAUUAAUUCCCAACAGUAUGCUACUUCAGGGACAUACAUAAAAUUGGAAUCUGAAACUCCUUUUUUUUCCAUUUGUCACUGAAGUGGACGUUAAUUUCAAAAUGCAUUUCUAAAACCUGGCAACCUUUUGUAAAAUAUUCUAACUUUGACAAAAGCGUCAGUCGCUAUGUAGAGUGGCGCUUUCCUUCAUUUUCAGCAGACUGCAUUGCAAAAUCUUACACAUGAUCUACAAGAAUGGGGCCAAAUGAAUACCUUCCCUACUGUAUUCAAUUUAUGUUUUUUUUUUAAUAAACUUGACUCACUAUACCGGGAAUGACCUGCUGUUGACUUUAUUAUAGACCCUCAUUAAUUCCCAACAGUAGGCAACUUCAGGGAGAUGCAUAAAAUUGGAAUCUGAAACUUUUUUUUUGUCCUUGAAGUGGAUGUUAAUUUCAAAACGCAUUUCUAAAACCUGGCACUAGAGGGCAACGUUUUACAAAACAUUCUAACUUUCACAACAGCGUCAGUCGCUAUGUAGAGUGGCGCUUUCCUUCAUUUUCAGCAGACUGCAUUGCAAAAUCGUACACAUGAUCCACAAGAAUGGGGCCAAAUGAAUGCCUUCCCUACUGUAUUCCAUAUAUAAUGUUUUUUUGUUAAUAAACUUGACUCACUAUACCGGGAAUGACCUGCUGUUGACUUUAUUAUAGACCCUCAUUAAUUCCCAACAGUAGGCUACUUCAGGAACAUACAUAAAUUGGAAUCUAAAGCUCUUUUUUUUUUUUUUUUUCUUUUUCCAUUUGUCCCUAAAGUGGAUGUUGAUUUCAAAAUGCAUUUCUAAAACCUGGCACAAGAUGGCAACCUUUUGUAAAAUAUUCUAACUUUGACAAAAGUGUCAGUCGCUAUGUAGAGUGGCGCUUUCCUUCAUUUUCAGCAGACUGCAUUGCAAAAUCUUACGCACGAUCCACAAGAAUGGGGACAAAUUAAUACCUUCCUUACUGUAUUCAAUUUAUGUUUUUAUUUAAUUUUACCGGGAAUGACCUGCUGUUGACUUUAUUAUAGACCCUCAUUAAUUGACAACAGUAGGCUACUUCAGAGACAUAUACAUAAAUUGGAAACUGAAACUCCUUUUUUUCCAUUUGUCCCUGAAGUGGAUGUUAAUUUCAAAACGCAUUUCUAAAACCUGCCACAAGAGGGCAACCUUCUACAAAAUAU